UGCUAGACAACAUCAAAAUUCCCCGAAACAAAGGGGUCUCGCUAACAGCUUUAUCGAUACUCCAGGUAAACCCAGGUGACCCUGGGAGUUGGCUUUCGUUACCCGACAGGAGAAGACCAUAAAUUUCACCUUCAAGAUGUCCGUCCACCGCAUUAAUCCCCGCCACCACUCCCUUGCCGCCCGGCAGAGGCAAUCGCGGACCACCCGGAUGACACGUCACACCAUCUUCAGCUUGAAGAGACCCAUCACCUUUCAGGUGCGCAAAUCCUUGGUGGAAUAUGUGAACAUGGAGCUGGCUGAUAUGGACACCUCGGUUUUCUAUCAGCGGAUUUUUAUACUGGCCAAAAACUGUCAUUUGACGCCCGUGGAAUCCGAGGAAGAGCUGCCCGCCGAAGGGGUUCCUGUUCAAGCGGAUCAGUUGGAACCGGAACCUCCAGCUGAAGGAGAGCACCUGCAUUUCACAGAGGAUGCCAUCCUGGAGAACGAUGAGAAUGAUUCACCCACCACCACGGUGACGGAAUCUGCACGCCUUCCUCCGGCGCCCGAUGAAGUUGCUCAGGAGGCGGCAGCGGGAACAGGACAGGAAGUGGUGACCCACACCUUUCGUUUCAGCGAGGAGGAUCACGGCGGGGAAGAGGACUCCCUCGGCGAGGAGGAGGAACUGGAAUUGGAGGCCCAGGCACCCGGUCAGCCCAAGGAUUUCUUUGCCAUCUUCAGCGAGCGACUGCAGGAGCUGCACAAGCAAUGCAAAGAGGUGGCCAUCACCACGGAUCCCAUUUGUGGUUUGUAUCUCCACAUGGGUGAGUACAGUAUGCUGAUGCUGGAGGCCUCUGAGGAUAUGAUAGGCUGCUUCACCCGGGAACUGGCCAGCUGCGCCGAGAACUUUUGGCAAAUGAACCGCGUCUUUCAUAUAGAGGAUCAUAUACAAGAACUCUACACCAAGGAUUUCAUAUUUCGCAGGAUUCCCUCGGUAUUUCUAAAUGAAAAGUUCCCCACUUCCACGCCCACAGAUGAGUAUUUGAUGGGCAAACAGCAUUUGAUCAUCAAGGACAAACUAUUGACUGUAUGUCGCCUGAUCUCCGAGGGCCAUGGAGGUCAAUUAGAUCCAGAUGCGGUUUCUAUGAGGGAGAGCGAUUUCGAGGAGGACUUGCUCAAGUCCAAGUCCAAAAGUUCCAUUCAAAGCGAUCAUUUACCUGUGGAUAUUUACAGAAAACACCUACCCGAAAUUCAACGCAUCGAAUUGGUUUUGGCCUCCACUCGGUUCUAUUAUGAUCUAGAUGAGUUUUCCAAGAUUUACGGACGGGUGCCUUUUUCACCCGACGAGGACGGAUUGUUUUGGCCCAUUCAGAACAAUUACACCCCACCGAACAUCUUCCGGCGCACUCCUUAUGAUAUUAAUCUCACUUUCGGGGAAUAUGCCGCUGUGGCUGGGAAAAGGAGAACCCAUGAGAGUCUGGUCGGGAGUUUCGAAGCCGAGGAGGAGUCUCCUGCAAAAACAGAGACUGCAGAGACUGGAGAGACUCCACCGAAAGCUGAAUGAACUGUUCUGCUACUUUGUUUUAAUGUGGUUUGAAUGUUUUGUCUUUCAGCAUUA